AUGCACGUUAGGUUCCAUGACAUCAUAGUCCUAGCACGCUCCCGUUCACCCAAGGCCGAGAAUCUCGUAAAACACGGCGCAUCAUUGCGUCUGUAUACCGAGGACAACUUGCAAGAGGCACUAGCUGGGGUCGAUGUCCUGAUCAACACUGUAGGCCCCAGUGGUCAUCACUUCAAAGAGACCCUUCUGCGCGCCAUCCCUGGUUCCGGCGUUAAGCUCUAUUUUCCUUCUGAGUUUGGUGUCGAUCAUUAUGUGCACGACUUUUCACACGAAGAAUGGGACGCUAAGAAGGCCCAUUUCCAGCUUGCAUCAGAGCUCAUCCCCAACAUAAGCAUAUGCCGCGUCUAUGCUGGCUUAUUCCUCGAGGACUCAAUCGGUCCGUGGUUUGGCUUCGAUACAAAAGGUGGCAGAUACGAGGCCGUUGGCGAUCCCGCGCAGAAGACUUCGUACACGAGUAUGUAUGACGUUGGCAAAGCGCUCGCCAUACUCGCAAGCCACCCAGUCGGCAAUAUACCUCCAGAGGUACACCUCAGCGGUGAUAGCAAGUCUAUGACUGAGAUAGCAGAGAUCAUGGAAGAGAACGGGGCUGGCCGUAUCCAAGUGACGAGUGUGCCGCUUGAAACCUAUAAGGCUAAUGUCCUAGCGAAGCCAUCGCCGACGCCAGAGCGAUACUUACGAUUCUUGAUGGGCGAGGGCAAGAUCCAUCACUCUACUGAUGGGAUAGGUAAUCAGAAUGAUAUAGUGCAGGUAGCAGGGGACCUAUCGACUUGGAUGUCAAUGUCUCCACUGGCAAAGGAGACGCGAGGAAGGCCCUGGGUCGAAGCAGAAUGGGAGUUGUUGUAA